GAGACCCCGCCCACUGCCGGCGCCUGGCGUGCGGGGCCGCCUUGGCAACGGCUGGCGGCGGCAAGAUGGCGGAUGACUUGGACCAGUUACUGGACGAAGUGGAGAGGCGGCUCUGCUGCCUGCCGAGCAGCGAGGCGGCGGGCGGCCACCGGCACAGCGGAGGCGAGGCGGCGGCGGCGGCAGCAACAGUAGCACCGAAGGAGGAGGGCAGAUCACCUGAACUGUUUCUGAGUGCUGACAGCAGUGAAGAAGAUCUAGACAACAUUAUUGAUGAAAUCUGUAAUGACAGCAGCUUUACCAAAACACCUCUGAAAUUGAAGUCUAACUCUGCAAGUCUCACACCUGAAAGAAAUAGUGCUGUUAUACAGGCUCAUAGGAAAAGAUGCUCUCCUGUGUACCUGGGUGGAAGCUUUUCACCACAUGGCAUAGGGACAAAUACUUCAAAAAGAACGUGUGAUCAACUACGUUGUACUGCUUGUGACUUCCGCGUGUCACUCUUCAAUGACUACGUCUGGGAUCAGUCCUGUGAUUAUCUUUUUUUCAGGAAUAACAUGCCUGAACUCAGUAAACUGAGAGCGAAGAUGAUAAAGAAGAAGGGAGCACGAGCAUAUGCUUGUCAGUGCAGCUGGAGAUCCAUUGAUGAGUUAACUGACCUCCAAACAGACCAGCAGCUUCGGUGGGUUUGUGGUAAACAUGCAGAAUGAAGUCCACUCGUGUGUGGUACCUACUUGUGUGGAAACAGGUCAUAAACUCCAUUUGUUUCCUACAGUUUUCUGAGAACAGAUAGAAACCUGGAUACUUAUAUCUAGAAACAGAUUAUAACACUCAACCUUUCAACCUGAAAACCUUUUUCUUUUCAAUGUAACUGUCUUACAAGCAAUGCGGGGAGUUGAUUUAUUAGAAGAAACAACCAAUUUGGAGGCUUUCUGGAAGUUAAAGAAGGUUAAAACUCAUACUCGGUGUUAAAGAAAAGAAGAGAAAAUUGACAUAGGAACAGAGCAAAGCACCUUGAGACUGUUGCAUCUAGCAGAGAGCCUUAUUUCCCAUGUCUGUAGGAUCUUGGACUCAAAAGGGUGGGUUGGGAUGCAGCCAUGACACAAAAGUAUAUGAAUUUCUUCACAGAAAUGCAUACUGCUGUUCUGCUUUGCUCAUAGCUGUUAACAAGCAAGCGGCUGUAGACCUCUCAAAAAAAUCUACUGCGAUAUCAGCUCUCAUCUCAAAGGUUUCAGCACACCCCAAAAUUUUACUUUCUUUUAGUCACCAGUAGCCAAAAUCUGCAAGUCCUGGAAAUUUCCUUCCAGUUCCUACUGAUUUCUUCCAAGCAAUUUCUGCUAAGGACUUUUACCACCAUGAAUUUCUUGGACUUCUCUUCAGCCUUUACUGCAAGAGGUGAACAACUUAUUGUGCAAUUAUUAAAUAUUGUGUGAUUUUAAAGAGAUUCUGAAAAGUAUAUGGCUCUUCUGUUGGUAUUUUCAAGGGAAAAAAGGCUCAGGCUUUUGAGAGUGAGAAAAUAUAUGUCCCUCCUGACGUUCAAAUUUGGAUUGUUUUCAGUUUCUCUUAGCUCUCACUUCAGCUUCACUUCGAAAUACUGCAUGUUCAGAAAGUGAAGCUGUCCUGUUACAACACACUGCCUUCCCACAGUAACACUGUUACUUGGUGAACUGUCUUGAUUACAGUUAAUGUCGCUAUAACUUAUGAGCUCUUUCUUUUCAUUAUGUAUAAAUAAAACAGGAGGUGGAUUUGAGAGCAAGGAAAGGAUUACCAGUCCUGGCAAUUACAUUGAAAAGUGUCUCAAAAUGGGAAUACUGUCAGUAUUUUGUUAUGUAAUAUGUGAUACUGUAUGGAUAGAUUCAAAACUGCUUUGUGCAGUCCUAGCUGUACAGAGCCAUUUCUUGUGUGUGUGUGUGUGUUAAGUUUUGCUCAUGGCCCUAAUCUGCACAUUUGAUCUUUUUCUGAGCCCAUUUGAAACUUGAUGACCAAGUAGCCCCAUAGGAUUCUCUUUCAGCCUGGAUUGCUUGUGCCACAAUGUAGGGAAUUAGUUGGGCUUGCAACUUCUGAGCAGGAAAUGGGAAAAAUCCUAACACCCAUCUCAGUUUAUGAAACCAAGUCUUAUGUGACAAAAAGGAGCAUGUCUCCAGUACCCUGGUUUAAACAAACCAUCAGAAAUGGUCACCCUGUCUGGAACUGUUUGCUCUGUGGAGCAAAUCAUGUGGAAGCAGAAGUUCAGGACAUCUGUGCUAGCGAUUUUUAUGACAGGACUACAGCCUGCAAAAGUGGAGGCCAGGAAGAAACUGAGAGAAAAGGACUGAGAGUGUAGGAGAAGUAAAAAGAAAUAACAGCAAUAUCUACUGACAGCGUUAAUCAGCAUUUCUCCUGAGUAUUAAGCAGUCUUCGGUUAGCCUGGAGAACUGGAGAGAGAGGGUUUUUUUCAGGGUAGAGAUUGUUGUCAGGUGAUUGUAUCAGUAACACCAUUAAGUCUGCACUCCAAGCACUGAAAACUUUAGAAGAUAAUCCUUAUUGGUAAAUGUAUGUGGAAACCUGAGCAUUCCCCUGAAAUAAUCAUGUUUAUUCAAGUGUAGAUACUUGUUUCUGGCCUUGGUCAGAAUGGUGGGAUAUGAUGGCUCUUUGUCCAAAUGAAGUUUAAACAGGUGCAGGAAUGGUGCUUAUUGUAUUAGUUUUCAUUACAGAAUCUAACGUAUUUCUAGAUAUGAAAAUAGUUACUAUGUCAUGAAAUAAAACUAUUUUUGUUGGAAAGAGGAGUGAUAUUAAGUAUUUGAUUUCCCUUGCUUUGCUUUCUUCAGUUACACAUUACAAACCACUCUACAGUCCUCAUAUGAAAAGAAUGUAAAGAAAGGUGAAAUUAGAACUUGGAUGUUCAUUUGAUGAACAUAUUGUGAGAUUGCACAAGGUUUUCAAGACAUAGCCAAGAUCCUAAGUGAUAUUUCCGUGUCAGUUACCUGAGAUAGCAGGGAUUAUGUCAGGAAUUUUGUUUAAGAAUGCCAUUCAGCUGUUGUCAAACGGAAGUACUGGAGAGCAGUUUUGCUAAGUAUAAAUGUGACCAUUGUUUUCCUCCAGUUUUUUGCUUUGGAAGUAAUAGUACCAUUGCUGUUUGUGAAAUGGGCAAGGUGAAAACUUGAGACUUUCAUUUUGCUUAAGUGAUAUGCUUGGAAAUUUUCUAGCCUGCAGCAUUAGUCUGCAGCAGAUCCCUCAACAAAAAGCACUGGAGGAUGGCAAAAUGAGAGUCCAUGCAAAAGCAUUCACUUGGAAAUGUACAGUCAGGGUUUAAUGUCUUGCCAAAUUUUCUCAGUCUGUGUUUCUGCAGUACUUGUGGGUAGGAAUCCAAAUGUACAGAGAAUAUUUUUAUGGGUUUUCCUUAUCAAUUUUUAAUAUGCUGGUUUGGCUGUAUCUCACUUGUUUUUCCUGCAAACCAUGGAGGGUGUCCAACGCAGAUGCUGACUAUAGCUCAGAAGAGUAAUUACUGGAGAUCUUGCCCUGCCAUAGCAUACAACUUACAGAAGCAUAGUAGCAUUAUAUAUUGCAAGCUCUGCACUCUAUAUAAGAUAAAAUAAAGAUUUAUUAUUUCUUUUCUGA